AAAAAGUUGCUUUUUAGCGACGAGUUUUUCUUUUCGAAGUGAUUUAUACUUGUGAAAAUGGUGUUCUUGGCUUUGUCGUCGCCUCCGAACAAACCUGGAUAAGCGGGGAGACGCUACGCGACGACACCGCGACCUGAUGUGGAGCAUCUGCCCUGGGACGUACCCCCUCUGAGAGGUUUAGUCAGUGGUUGAUGCAUCUCGGGGUGUCUGAGUCCAUGCGAGAGUGCGAGUACAGCCAAAUAAGCACUCGUAGCUCCACACCAAUGGAGACCGCUUACAAGAAGAGGACCCCAAAGAAGAGAAAAUGGGAGGCCUUUCCAGGCCGGAAUAAAUUUUAUUGCGAUGGGAGGAUUAUGAUGGCAAAGCAAACGGGGGUUUUCUACCUCACCCUCCUCCUCAUUCUGGUCACAUGUGGACUUUUCUUCACCUUUGAUUGUCCGUUCUUGGCGCGCCAGUUGACCCCGGCCAUCCCGGUGAUUGGAGGUGUACUCUUUGUCUUUGUGUUGGGGACGUUGCUGAGAACCAGCUUCAGUGACCCGGGUGUGCUUCCCAGAGCCACUCCAGACGAGGCAGCCGACUUGGAGCGACAGAUAGAUGUGGCUAACGGUGGCACGGGCUACAGGCCUCCUCCCAGGACGAAGGAGGUGCUGAUCAACGGGCAAACGGUCAAAUUGAAGUACUGUUUCACCUGUAAAAUCUUCAGGCCACCACGGGCCUCCCACUGCAGCCUCUGUGACAAUUGUGUGGAGCGUUUCGACCACCACUGUCCCUGGGUGGGGAACUGCGUGGGAAGAAGGAACUACCGUUUCUUCUAUAUGUUCAUACUCUCCCUGUCCUUCCUCACCAUCUUCAUCUUCGCCUUCGUCAUCACACACAUCAUUUUAAGCUCUCAUCGAAGUGGGUUCCUCAACACGCUGAAAGAUAGCCCUGCUAGUGUGCUGGAGGUGGUGGUGUGUUUCUUCUCCGUCUGGUCCAUUGUGGGUCUCUCAGGCUUCCAUACGUACCUGAUCAGCUCCAACCAGACCACCAACGAAGAUAUAAAAGGCUCGUGGUCGUCGAAAAGAGGGAAGGACAAUUAUAACCCCUACAGCCAUGGAAACAUAUUUACCAACUGCUGUGCAGCGCUGUGUGGGCCUCUGCCCCCCAGUCUUAUUGACAGACGCGGUUACAUUCAGUCGGACACACCGCAGAUGACCCCACCGACUAAUGGCAUCACGAUGUACGGCGCCACUCAGUCUCAGCAGAACCAUAUGUGUGACCAAGACCAGUGCAUUCAGAGCACCAAAUUCGUUUUGCAGGCCGCUGCCACACCUCUCCUCCAGCAGCAGAGCAGCGAGCCAGUCAUCCUGACGCCGUCCGCAGAAAACGGAGGCGCCCUGCCCGGCCGCACCUCCCUCACCCUGGGGGGUCCCUGCACCUCCCUCCCUCUGGGCCAGCCCACUCCUCCGACUUCCACCCCGAGCCUCAGCUGCCAUGAGACCACCGACAUGCUGCCGAUCCACGGACACGGACAUGCCCACAGCCACACCCACCCCCGCCAGGACCCAGUUGCACACCACCACUUUCUGACCCCGGAAGAAGUGCCUUCGCCCCCUGGCAUGCUGCCCUGCGGCAGCCCCAUGGGUCACAGCCACACAGUGCAGACCGGGUUCUACAACCCGGCCAGCCAGGACUCGCUGCACGAGGACUCUGUCAGAGGGCUUGUUAAGCUGAGUUCCGUCUGACGGCGGGACGCGAACACGUCCAGACCCCGUGCUGUCUCUGAGAUAAAACGCUCCUUUUUCUGCACUCUGCAGGACAUGAGGACUGAAAGUUUGCGUCCAGUUGCCAGAAGGAUUUGAGGUGAAGUCAAACCAGUCGUCCUUAGCCACCAGAAGGUUCCUGCUGUGUGACGACUCAAACUUUUUUUCUUUAUGGGAAGUCAAAUCUGUUGGUUCUCAGCAGAAGGAUAUCGGACCGUAUCUCUGACUCUUCCACAAAAAGGAAAAAAAAAAAAUUCCUCCUGUGAGCACAAUGCAGGUCGGUUUGUUUUGCAGAUCAAACGUCGUCCUCGUCGCCUCUUGCUCAUUGGGUGCUGUAGUUGCCUUUUUUCUUGUCCAGCAGUGGUUGAGGUCAUCAUGUCGCAUAUCACUCUGCUUUUUCUAAGUAUCACCUUUGAAAAGAAAACAGACUGUUGUACUCCAUCACCACAUGGUUAUUGUUUCGCUUACAGAAUAUUAUUAUAUUUCCUGUGGAUAUUAAUAAAACAAAUUUUUAUUGGA